AAAAGAAGCUAGUUCUGAUUAAAACUAAACAGAUGUAAUAGCGCAAGAAGAAGAAACACAAAAAAAAAGAUGGAGGUAGAAUUAGGUCUGAAGAUAACUAGAACAAAAGACGAUGUCUCUUCCUCUAGAGAUUUUCAGGUUGUUAAAGAUUCUUUUGGUCGUCAUCUCUCGCUUUCUCGAGAAACCAACUCUGUGUUCAUCCUCACUCUUCAUCUCAAAGGAUUCAAGAAGGAUGGUGUCGAUAUCGAGAUAAACAAAGAAGGGAAUCGGAUUAAGAUAAGCGGAAGAAAACAAGUACAAGAGAUGGUUUUGGUAAAGUGGGUUGAAUGGAAAAAAGAAACUGAAGUAAAGGAAUUCAAGAAAGUGUUUCGGAUUCCGGAUAUCGUUAAUCUUGACAAGAUCAAAGCGAAACUCAAUGAAGAAGAUGGGACUUUAACUGUUACAAUGCCUAAGAAAAUUAAGGGGAUUACGGGUUUGAAGAUCGAGGAAGAAGAGGAAGAGGAGGAAGAAGAGAAAACGGAGCCAGUAGUUGAAGAGAAAACAGAGGAAAAAACAGAACCAGAAGAAGAAAUCAAAGAAGAGCUAAAACCUGAGGUAGAAGAAGAAGAAGAAGAAGAAGAAGAAGAGCCACAGAGAGAAGUGGAAGAAGACAAGAUUGAAGAAGAGGUUGUUGAGGAAGAAACAAGGGAUCAUGAUGAGGAAAAGAAAGAAGAAGUCGAAGAUAAACCAAGAAAGAAGAGAAGAAAAAAGUUUCGUUUACCAUGUUUUGCAGGAUCCACUCUGCUUAUGUCUAUUAUUGUUUUCAUUAUUCAAUUGAUUCAGUCCAGAAAAAAAUGAGAUCA